UCACCAGAAUCCAAACAGCAACUUUUUCUUCUUCUUUCCCUCUUUCUGUUAAAUGAUUCAAAAAUCAAAUGAAUCCGAUCGCCGGAUACUUACGUUCCCGGCGAUUCAACCCUGCCAAUGCAUAGCUCCGGCGAAGCUGUUGACGUCACUGAUCAAUGUCACUCGAAACAUUUGUGGUUACAGAUCCAAAUUCUUCGGCGGCAGCAAGCGAAACGCGAACGCAGCGAUUCGCCAAAUCGGAAUCAUCCUCACGUUCCUCGAACAAAUCCGAGAUGGAGACUCAGAUCUUCCCGAUUCCAUCGUUUUAUGCUUCUCCGAACUCCAUUUUAUCUUCCAGAAGAUUCAGUUUCUCUUGGAGGACUGUGCCCUAGAAGGUGCUCGUCUGUUCAUGCUCAUGAAAUCGGAACUCGUGGCCAAUCGGUUCCGGGUCUUGGCCCGAUCCGUCGCCGUAGCGCUGGAUGUUUUGCCCCUGUUUUCGAUCGAUGUACCGAUCGAGGUUAAGGAGCAUUUAGAGCUGGUGAUGAAACAAGCACGAACAGCGAAGUUCGAAGUCGAUCGCGGAGAUGAAGAGAUUAUAAACGAGGUAAAAUUAAUUUUGAGUCUAUUCGAGUAUGGUGCUGCUCCCGAUAAGAGUAAAAUCAAACGCGUUCUUGAUCAUAUUGGGAUUGAGAAUUGGAGUUCGUGCAACAAGGAGGUGAAAUUCUUGGAUUCAGAAAUCGAGUUCGAAUGGCUGAGUCGGGACAAGACAGAUGUUGCCUUUCUCAGCGAUCUAAUGGCUUUCAUGAACUACUGUAGGAGCAUCUUGUUCGAUGUUGUCGAUUGCGAUGCAAUUCGACAUGUCGACCGAUUCAGAACCGACAUUCUCCAUUGUUUAAACCCAGAUGAUUUUCGAUGCUCAAUCUCGUUAGAUUUCAUGAUCGAUCCUGUGACAGUGGCGACAGGGCAUACCUACGAUCGCUCUUCGAUUCAAAAAUGGUUGAGGGCUGGAAAUUUCAUCUGCCCCAAUACAGGGGAGAAGCUGAAAAACAGGGAACUAAUCCCCAAUUUGGCUCUCCGUCGUAUAAUUCACCAAUACUGUACGGAAAAUUCGAUCCCUUUUGCAGAACCAGGCAGGAAAAAACGCGACAUUACUAGGACGGUUGCUGCGGGUAGUUCUACGGCGGAGAAGAUUUUCCGAGAGCUAGCGAAAUUUUUAGCUGACGUGCUCGAAUUGGGAACGUCAGAAGAGAAGAACAGGGCCGCUUAUGAGAUCAAGCAUUUAUCCAAAGCAAGCAUUUUUAAUCGUUCUUGCUUGGUGGAAACUGGUUUGAUUCCAAAUUUACUGAAAUUGUUGAGAUCAUUAGAUGUAUUGACGCAGGAGAACGCCAUUGCUGCUGUAUUGAACCUCUCGAAGCAUUCGCAAAGCAAAAGUGCAAUAGCGAGCAACGGGGGUUUGCAGGAAAUUGUUCAUGUUCUACAGAUGGGCUACAGAAUAGAAGCUCGCCAACUCGCUGCCGGGGCUCUGUUUUACAUGGCUUCAAUCGCAGAGUACAGACGGCUAAUAGGGGAAAUCCCAGAAGCAAUUCCGGCUUUGACGGACUUGUUCAUGGACACAACAGAUCGUAGCAAAAAGAACGCCAUGGUUGCGCUAUUCGGGCUUCUCGUACAUCCGGAGAACCACCGGAAAGUGCUCUCCGCCGGAGCAGUUCCUCUGUUGGUCAAUCUGCUAAUGACAUCCGGUAAGGAAAACCUCAUGACAGAUUCAAUGGCGAUUUUGGCCUCUCUGGCGGAAAGGCCCGAUGGAGCUGCUGCAAUUUUGCAGUGUGGGGCUUUGAAUUCAAUCAUGGGGUUUGUGGAUUCGUGUAGUUCUAUAGCAGGGAAAGAGUACUCUGUUUUUUUACUGGUAGCUCUGUGCGUUAAUGGCGGAUUGGAGGUAAUUCCAAUCAUGGCGAAGAAUCAAACUCUGAUGUCAUCGCUGUACAAUGUUGUGAGUGAAGGCACAUCUCGCGGAAGAUGGAAGGCAAAAUCUCUGAUCAGACUCCUCCAUGCGUAUUGUGAAAACGAGUCCUCAAGCUCCAGCCCAGUUGUUCAUCGACUUCCACAAGAUCGAAUGGUUCACGUCUGGUAAAUUUUUGAAACGUUUUCUGUUUGAUUUCUUUGAGGAAUUCUUUUAGGGUAAAUACUUAGGAUGUGAAUAAGUUUCAUUUUGUUUAGAUUGAUUGGAUUUGUUUGGUAUUAGCUCGUGUUUUUAAGAGCUGAUAACAAAUAACUAUGCAUCAAA